AUAGAAUUAGCAAACAACAACAAAUGGGCGUCGUCAAAAUAAUGACACUCAUUUAGCGUUACUCAACUGUUAAUCAUCAAAUUAGGGUUAAGUUAUUAAUUACUUAAAUGUGGAAUCAUUAAUUUUUUCUUAAAUUUUGAAUAUGAGAAGAUAGUUUACGUUCAAUAUGAUAAAGUGGCUUCUGGUUUUGUGCACCUUUUAUACAACAUCUAGAGCAGAUUUGUAUGAUUACUAUGACUGUAACAACCCCUUGAUGCAAAGGGCUGCUGUAAAUGCCACUUCAUGGAUGAGAGACAGAGGCCCAAGGAAUGCUAUUUUGUAUGGGGACUCCGCCUGGAGCCCUUUCGAAACUAAUUACUAUCAGUUUCUAACGUUCGACUUGGGUGGUAGAUUCGAAGUACGUUCUAUAGCUACCCAGGGUCGUUCUCGUACCCAGGAGUACGUGACGGAGUACAUAGUCCAAUACUCAGACGAUGGGCAAGGCUGGAGAAGUUAUACUGACUCCACGGGAGAGGCUGAGAUGUUCAAGGGAAAUUCCGAUGGAGAUUCGAUUUAUAAAAAUGAAUUCGAAGUGCCUAUAAUAGCUCAAUGGAUACGAAUUAAUCCUACUAGGUGGAGGGAUCGCAUAUCGAUGCGAGUGGAAUUGUUUGGUUGUGAAUAUAAAUCUGAUGUAUUAAAUUUUAAUGGCUCGUCCCUCCUCGCUCAAGACCUUCUGAGGGAUCCUAUUGCUGCUUCUAGAGAAACAAUAAGACUCAGGUUUAAAACUUCAAGUGCUAACGGUGUUCUCAUGUACAGCAGAGGCACGCAGGGCGAUUACAUUGCUUUGCAACUUAAGGAAAACAGGAUGUUACUUAAUAUCGACUUGGGAUCUGGUAUAGUUACAAGUCUAUCUGUUGGAAGUUUGUUGGACGACAACAUAUGGCAUGACGUGGUUAUUUCUCGAAAUAGGAGGGAUAUUUUGUUCUCAGUUGAUAGGGUAGUAGUGCAUAGCAGAAUUAAAGGGGAAUUUAGCCGAUUGAAUUUAAAUAGAGCUUUAUUUUUUGGAGGCGUGCCUUACAUUCAGGAGGGUCUUGUAAUAACACAGAACUUCACGGGUUGUUUGGAAAAUAUUUAUCUCAAUUCUAGCAAUUUAAUUCAGGAAGUAAAAGAGGCCUUCGAUUAUGGAUUAUCUCUAAGAUUUACUAAAAUAAAUACUAACUAUACGUGUGUUGACGUUCCUCUGGUUGCAGUCACGUUUCUUACAGCGAAUUCUUUCGCUAAAUUGAAAGGCUAUGAGGGGAUAAGUUCAAUGAAUGCCUCAUUCUCUUUUAGAACCUUCGAAGAGAAUGCUUUGAUGCUUUACCACAGCUUUUCGUCGCCAGGACACGUUGCUAUAUUUUUGGAAUUCGGUAAAAUCAAAGUCGAAUUGGUCACUGGAGACUCGCCUAAAGUAGUUCUGGAUAAUUUCGACGGCACUUUCAAUGAUGGAAGGUGGCACACAAUUGUUUUAACGAUUUCUACAAACUCUUUAGUUCUUAGUGUCGAUUACAGGCCCAUGAGGACUGUGAGACAUAUUAAAAUUGUCACUGGGGGAUUAUAUUUGAUUGCAGGCGGUGUAACUGGUCAGAUUGGUACCAACUAUGUCCAAAUUCCUGGUUUCGUUGGGUGCAUGCGAACUAUAAGUAUCGAUGGAAAUAAUAAGCUCCCAACCGAUUGGACUAAUGAAGAGUACUGUUGCAAAGGCGAAGUAGCUUUCGACACAUGUCGUAUGACUGAUAAGUGCAAUCCGAACCCCUGCGAACAUGGGGGCGUCUGCAAACAGAACUCGAUGGAAUUCCUGUGUGAUUGCGCAGGCACUGGUUAUGGGGGCGCAGUUUGUCAUACGACUUUAAACCCUCUGUCUUGUCAAGGAUACAAAAACGUGCACUCUGUCAACCAAAAAGCUAACAUAAAGAUCGACGUGGAUGGAAGUGGCCCUUUGGCACCUUUUCCAGUCACAUGUGAAUUCUAUGCAGAUGGAAGGGUGAUUACUAUGGUGCAACACAGUAAUCAGCAAACCACGCCCGUAGAUGGUUUCCAGGAGCCUGGAAGUUAUAAACAGAAUAUUAUUUAUGAGGCCAGUGAUGAUCAAAUCAGGGCUUUGGUCAACAGGUCGGCAACCUGCAGGCAAAGGAUUCAGUACAGCUGUAGGGCUUCCAGACUGUUUAAUUCUCCUUCAGACGAGGCUAGUUUCAGGCCUUUUUCGUGGUGGGUGUCCAGUAACAAUCAGAAUAUGGAUUACUGGGGCGGAGCACUACCAGGUUCUAGAAAGUGUGAAUGUGGCAUCCUAGGCAAUUGUCUUGACAGCACCAAGUGGUGCAAUUGCGACGCAGGUCUGGAGCAAUGGGCCGAAGAUACGGGCGACAUAACAGAAAAAGAACACCUCCCUGUGAAACAGAUUCGCAUUGGAGAUACGGGCAAUGCCCUGGAUGAAAAAGAGGGUCGUUACACCCUAGGGCCGUUAAUAUGUGAAGGCGACGACUUGUUCGAUAACGUCAUAACUUUCCGUAUUUCUGACGCCACCAUAAAUCUGCCACCUUUUGAUAUGGGACACAGUGGAGAUAUUUACUUAGAAUUCAAAACCACCAUAGAAAAUGCUGUCAUUUUACAUGCUAAGGGGCGCACUGAUUUCAUAAAGUUGAGCAUAGUGGGCGGCGAUCUUCUGCAAUUCCAGUAUCAAGCAGGACUGGGCCCUAUCACCAUCAAUUACAAAACUUCAUAUAAGCUUGCAGACGACAGAUGGCAUUUAGUUGCUAUUGAACGUAACAGAAAAGGGGCUCGAUUGGUAGUCGAUGGGGCGCUCAAAUCAGAAGUGCGCGAACCUCCAGGUCCUAUACGUGCCCUACAUUUGACAUCACCACUAGUUGUAGGCGCCACGGUUGAUUACAGAGACGGAUUUACAGGAUGUAUAAGAUCUCUUUUGCUUAACGGUAACCUAGUGGAUUUAAGAAGCUAUGCUCGGCGUAAUUUGUACGGCAUCUCAGAAGGAUGCGUGGGAAAAUGUCAGAGCAAUCCCUGUCUUAAUAACGGCACGUGUCACGAAAAAUACGACGGUUACUGGUGCGAUUGUCGCUGGACAGCGUUUAAAGGCCCCAUUUGUGCUGACGAAAUUGGUGUUAAUAUGCGUCAAAGUUCGUUGGUAAAAUACGACUUUAUGGGCUCCUGGAGAUCAACCAUUUCUGAAAAAAUUAGAGUGGGAUGGACUACGACCAACCCCAAAGGCUUCUUACUCGGCUUCUUUUCUAAUAUUUCAGGCGAAUACAUGACCAUUUCAGUGUCGAAUUCUGGCUCGUUAAAAGUUGUUUUCGAUUUUGGUUUUGAAAGACAAGAAGUAAUAUAUCCAAAUAAACAUUUCGGUCUGGGACAGUACCAUGACUUGAGGCUGUCGCGUAAGGACUCGGGAGCCACAAUGGUAAUGCAAGUUGACGAUUAUGAACCUCGUGAGUUUAAAUUUAACAUCAAAGUCUCCGCGGACGCUCAGUUUAAUAACAUACAGUACAUGUAUAUUGGAAGAAACGAGUCGAUGGCUGAAGGGUUUACAGGGUGUAUUUCGAGGGUAGAAUUCGAUGAUAUUUACCCAUUGAAACUACUGUUUCAACAAAAAGGACCAGGCAAUGUUAAGUCUUUGGGAACGCCUCUUACCGAAGACUUUUGUGGAGUUGAACCCAUCACUCAUCCUCCUGAUAUUAUUGAAACUAGACCCUCCCCUGAAUUAGACGAAGAAAAAGUGAGGGAGGCUUAUAACGAAACGGACUCAGCCGUUUUAGGAAGUGUCUUGGCUGUGGUCAUCAUAGGAAUAAUAAUCCUGGCGAUCCUUAUAGGACGAUACCUUCAUCGACACAAGGGUGAAUACUUGACGCAAGAAGACGUGGGGGCUGAAAGCGCUCUCGAUCCGGACACUGCAGUUGUCCAAGGAACCACAGGACAUCAAGUACAAAAAAAGAAGGAAUGGUUCAUUUAGUUGUGUUGACGUAGUUUGUUUUUAAUUAAUUACUGUCUGGAAAUAAUUUAAUCGUUCUUAGUGAACACUGAAGAGUACAAGUCAAAGUUUAAAAAAAAGCAGUUUAAAUAAUAGUGCACUCACAUUCGAAUAUGAAAACUUAAUUGUUUAAAAGGCCUAUUGGAGAUCAAUUUUAUGUUAAUUACAAAACGUAUUUUUAUUCUUUUAUUAAAAACCGUUUCACGACUGAGGGUUGCUUUAUUAUAAAAUGAAAUAUAAAAAAUUGAAUUAUAGUGAUAAAGUAGCACGUUAAUAAAGUAUGUAUUUGUC